UUCCGGAAUUUUCUUAUUUGCUCGUUUUGCAGUUGUUAGUUUUUUAUUUAGAAUCACUGCUUUUCCCGCAAACACGCUGUGUGAAGUUUUUUAGUUUUUCGAGCUAUCAAGAGCCAAAGAUAUUUCACCCUCUCAGGAGGAGGCAGAAUAAAUUUGGAACAUUAAAACCAGAUCUUAUUAUUGCAUAAGCAAACUGAGCAACUUUGUGGAAUAUAUCUAUUUGACAGUGAUAUACAUAGGGGAAAGACAUAAUUCAAUAUAAAUCCAAAAGCGAAUGAAGUGGAUUGGAAAGCGAUUGGUAUGUCUAUUAAUUUCGUUUUUGGAGGGUUUAAUGCUGCUUUUGAACAUCUUUUCAAAAGAGAUUUUACAUUACGAAUCUAAAUUUGAGAGGUUCUGUUUCAAUUCACCGACUGGACAGUCUAGCCCUACACAUAAUACUGCGCAUAUUAUUUUCCCCUUUGGGUUUUAGAGGUACAUAUAUAUAAUCAUCCCUGCCAAAACAGUUUUGUUCUAUUUCAUAGGACUGCCACGGUGGCUUAUAGGUUAGAGCUGUAGUGAUUUGGGGGGUGGGUGGGUGGAUUUUUGGUAUUUCUGGUCGGGCUCGGAGUUCUCUGAGCCUGCAUGUGCAAUUGUCUCGCUCUUACCCGCGAACUCUAAGGAGACCAGAUGUGCUUUAGAGAGUGCAGCACUAUAGUUCGCAUAUUCGUUGACCCUUUGUAAGUUGUUCUGUUUAUUGGCUAAUAUAUGUGUUUCUAAGUGUUUUCCGGUGUUUUUGUGUGUAAGAAAUCGCUUCAUUGGCGUCGCCGGUAAGAUAUUUUGCCCACCUGCGCCGCGGAUCAUAGCUGGGGCCGCGUGGUCGCCAUUUUGAAUUGCUAGAAUUAGGCUAGUUUUGUUAACUGAUCAAUUUGUGCAUUGUUUCGUAUCGAUAGGGAAUCGACAGUGAUUUUUAUUAUGCAAUUGUAUUUGAUUAGUUUGUUAUAUGUUAAUUGCUGUUAUAAAAUUUAGAAAUUCAUUUCAAAAUUAAGGAUUAUCUCCCUCAUGCAUAGCUCUUAUCCUUGGACGAAUUUGGCUCCGCUUUUUGGCACGCUGUUUUUGGCUAUAUUUGGCUCUAAAACUUCAUAGUUAUUUCGGAUUUCAAACAUUUCGGUUGAGCAUCACUGAAGAGACAUUUGUCGAAAUGCGCAUUUGGUGCAUCAAAAUUGGUACCGUAUAAGUUUUACAUGUAGAUUGUGAUAGCUGUGUGGCAGCAGGCCUAGGUUCAUUAGGUGCUAUAUUGUUUACAUUGCAUUGUUGUGUGUAUUGCGUGCUAGUCAGGUAGGUGAGUAGAUAUGGAACGGAAACAGUGGUCGUUUGGUCGAGGUAGGGGAAGUCCCGGGUUGUUGAGUGGUAUGGGUGCCCUGGGGGGAGUGGGCUAGGCCGGGUGGCACAGCAGGGGCCCAGGGGCAGCGUGCAGACAGCGUGGGGGGUUCAGCACCUGACAGGAUGGAUCAGCUGUUUGGCUUUAUCACACCUUUUAGACCGCCAGUGUACAGUACCCCGGAGGUACGUGGGGGUAUAGCUGCAAUAAUGUAGCCCUAUCCAAUUUUUUUUUAAUUCUGACGUUUUCGGGAUAGGGCUACAAUUCCAUAGGAUCUCCGUAAUGGUGCAAAAUAAUUUUAUGAAUAACCGAUAAUAAACUCUGUGUAUUGGUCCCAAAUGUUGUUUACACCAAAAGGAGUACCACCUUUGUGGUCGGGCAUGUCUAAUAAAGGUGUUUUUCAUUAAAUAUAAUGUACAAUAUGCAAAAUUCUUCGUCUGCUUCGCUAUGCUUGUUAUCGUGAGAUCUCGUAGGUGGAUCUAAUGAAAAACCUAAAGAUUGACAAUCAGCGCGAAAAUGUAGUUACUCGAGCCACUUCGACAAAGAAAGGAAAAUCAUAUUGUUGCAGAAAGAAUUUACACUCUGCUGUUCGCUUUUUAACUUUAUAUUAACUUCAAACCUUUUCAAUACCGACGAAAUAGCUUUCGCCUCCAUACUUGUCCAUUGAUGUAAACACUUCCUUAUAUGGCAUAUGCAAAUGACUUGACAAUCGGAAGUUUAUACUUCAGUACAUCAAACAUAUAUGAAUCGAGAAAUUGGAAUUUAUCGAAAUUGUUGAAAACGGUAGAAUAGAGCCUCACAAAUCUAAAGUUGCAGGUUGUAAAUUUAUAUAUUGACUAAGAAACAUAGAAUAUCAUUUUAUUUACAUAAAGAAAGUCAGGAAAUGUUUAGAAUGAGCGGAAAUGUUGCACCAUUACGGAGAUCCUAAGGAGUUGUAGCCCUCUCCCCCCUCCCCCCAAAAGAAUCAGAGAGGGCUACAUUAUUGCAGCUAGUGGGGGUAAGGUUACUACAUUACUGGGAGAAGUUGAUAUGUCCUUGACCUAGGGGUUACUAGGUAUCCCGCAAGGGUCGAUAGCAGCAAUGUUGGAGGUAGACAAAGGUCAGGGUAUGCACCAGGGGACGAGGAGGUCCUGGCUAGGUUAGAUGCCGUGGAGGCUAGGUUCGAAUCUAAGCCGACACAGUUGCUGGAUGGGUUGUUGGGUUCCUUAGGGAGUAGGUACUCCCAGGGACCAGUUCCCAGGGAGGACCACUGUAGUGGGGGAUCCCCCGUUGGGAACUCAGCUGCACAGCCCAUUCAAGCUGGUGACAGUGGGGGUAUAGGUAUCCCCAGUAUGGCAAGCAUACCAAGUGAUAUCCAGUUCAUUUCGUCCUAUGGGGGAACAGCAUUGUCCCAGGGUGGUCAUUCUGGGAAAUCGGGAACAGGUAUCCCAAUGUACAGUGGAGGCGGUGGUGGUAACCCCAGAGAAAUAUCACACAGGGAGGGUGGCAGUUGGGGAAGUAGGGCCAGCCAUACCUCAGAUCUCACUGGUGGUGUAGGGCAGUUGCGCCAAAGUAGGGGAGCAGUCCCUUGGGGGGGGGGGAGCCCUUGUAUACAUGUAGCAAUGAUAGCCCAUAUACCUCAAGUGUGUAUGGUGUUGCCCAGAUUUAUAGGAGAUAUGUAAACCCAGUAAGUAGGGAAUCCCCCGUGACACAAGGCCACUCAUCUAAUUCCCAGGAACAAUGUAGACAGGAGUAUGCAUUUUGGUCGCUCGCCAGUCAGAUAGGGAAUUAGACAUAGCAGUUCAAGGUCGAGAUAUCCACUGGUUAGGCAUAUCAGUACAGAAGACUGUAGAGAUGGUCCCAAGUUGUCUAGUCAGGGUGUGUUAUUUGAUCGAUCUCCAGGGACCGGGGCUCAAAAUAGGUCGGGGCUAGUGCUCUGUAAACCCUUAUUAGGUAGCUGCAGUCCAGCAGGGUCAGCAGUCGACAGUGCAUGCCAUGAGGUCAGAAUGCCAGUGAAACCGAGUAGUGGUGUGUCUGUGGUGGGCAGUAGUGUUUUGAUGUCGACGGGUGUGGUUGUUCAAAGGGCCCGGAGUGAAGUAGGGGUCAGGGACACAGGGUCGGCGCAGACAGGGGUGCUGCAAGGCCCAGAUGAGAAGUUAUGUGGUUGGCCGGAGGACACUGAGACAGGUGUUAGUCACCAGGAUGGUGGGCUUAAAAACAAUAGGGAAAGUGUCGUUUGCCAUAGUGAUUUGACUUCUCGGGGUAGCUCUGGGUGUUCUCUGGGUUUUGAUGUUGACAUGGCGGUUGAUGUGUUCUGCGAUGUGGAUGAUGAUCCUUCCACAGUGUCCGAGGGUUUGGAUGGUGACGAUGGUUUUGUCACUGAUGUUGAGUUGGAGUGUCUGGUUGAGGCACAGUCUGAUGCUCCGCCUGGUGUGAUCGGUAUCUCGUGCCUCUCAGCUCAUGAUCAGUUCGGUUUGAGUGGUCGGAUUAGUAGUGCUGGACAGCGGGAUAUUGAGGUGACAUGGGCUCUGGUCUUGCAUUCAGUUGAUGGCCAGUUCUCGGAUGCAGAGGACGAGUCUUGGGGCGAGAAUAUAGUCAAGUGUCAUGUUGGUGAGUCUGGAUUGUUCCAGGUGGGGUUCGAUGCAUGCACGGAGGUUUGUGAUGAGGGCUGUGUUGGUAUUCCAUGCAAGAGUGAAAGCAUGCAGGCCUGAGUUGUAGUGGUAGAGACGGUUGUUGAGCGGCAGUCUAAUCAUUACAAAUCCCCCAGUCAUGAUUGAAGCAGUGGCCUAUCAGUUCCCAGGGGAGUGUGUCCCCAAGGCACCUGACAAAUGUACCAUUAUGUGUUGGUCUGAUGGUGGGUGUGUUGUGUCUGCGUCUCAUGGAGAUGUCCCCGCGGAUGCGGGGAUUGUGGCUCUGUCCGGUUCGACCUGGUGGGAUUGUAGUGUUCCUUCUCUGACUGAGAGACUUCUUCCUGAUAAAUGUCUAAGCAAUGAACGGAAUAGGUUGCUUGUGGCUUCGCGAGUUUCCAUUGGUCGUGGGGUGAUGGUUAUGCAUCCCAGGUUCAACUGACAGUGAACCAGGGACAACCCAGGAUUUUUUCAUCGCAAGGGGUUACGAAAGAAAGUUGAUGAGUUGUGUGAGUUGUGUGAACUCCUCCAUGCACACAGUACCCCGAAAUGCGGGGAAGGGUAGAUUAGUCUGCAGUAACCCAGCCGUUUUCGGGCAGGGAUAUUUCCUUGUGGUGUUUCUGGAUCUGAUGACCUGGAAGGUGUGAUGUGCCGCGUUCGAUGUCCAAGAUGGUACCUGUCCUUGACGUUUUCAUGUGGAAAGUUCGUGACUCUGUGAUGUGACUUUCCUGUUACUGGAUUUUCUGUGAUGCGUUGUGUGACCGUGACUUUCUGUGUUGUGAACUUAUUGGACUGCUAAAGUGCUAUGAUUUUAUAGAGUAAAGUUUAUCAUACUGUAAAUCAUAGGUUUAAUUAAUUCAUUUAUUUGUAUGUAUCUAUUGUAAGCUACAGUGCUGCAGGUUUAACUUAUCGGAAUUGGUACAUUCCUCCUCAAAAGGGUUGGGGGUGUAGUGAUUUGGGGUGUGUGUGGAUUUUUGGUAUUUCUGGUCGGGCUCGGAGUUCUCUGAGCCUGCACGUGCAAUUGUCUCGCUCUUACCCGCGAACUCUAAGGAGACCAGAUGUGCUUUAGAGAGUGCAGCACUAUAGUUCGCAUAUUCGUUGACCCUUUGUAAGUUGUUCUGUUU